CCAUAAUCCAGACUGCUUGCGAGUUUGCAAGAGCAUCGCCAACCCUGCGAACCUACCACCUCUGAUCGAUUCGAUAAUCCAUCCCUCCCGUCCGAAGCCAAUAUGACCAGUCCACUCAGCCCGACGACAGGUCAUCCGCUGAUACAGAAGGAAAAGCCCCCCGGCCCUGGCCCUGGCCCGGGGCAGCUCUCCACCGUCCCUGAGACAACCUCCACUCUGUCUUCCCCUGAGGUGCCGUCGGAGGAGUUCAACCCCUGUACGGGGGCCAAGCCGUCCUCGCCCUUUUAUCGCCAUGCCACCCCGUCGCUUACCAUCGAGCGGCUGACCAAGGGCGUCAAAGCAACCGCAACCGCCAAGUACCGCCCGAUUGACCUGGAAAACCCCCCCAUGUCCAACCGACACGCCGCCGUGUCGGCGACCCAUCAUCGCGAGUCGAAGCUGUGGGUGCAGGAGAAGCGACACUGCGGAUGGAUGAAGCGGCUGGGCAAGAAGCAACGCCUGGCGGUGAAAGUGGGCAUUGCCAUCCUGACGCUGGGCACCAUGAUCGCGAUCGCACUGGGGAUUACCGUGGCGGUUGGAGGGGCGGUAUGGCGCUCUGAUACGCGGCAGGAGGUUAUUGGGAGAUAGUCUAUCAAGACUUCUCAACCUACCUUUUUCAUUUUUUUUUUUCACCUUGGGAGACAAAAC